AUGUCGGGUCGGGAUUCGUCGAAACUCUCGGGGAAUCCCGACGGCAAGGGAAACGUUGUGGAGGAGCAGGAGCGCCAGUACGAGCGUUUGCGUGACAAGCUGCACCUCAGCAACCAUGACAGCGCAUCCGAGGUUGACUUCAUCAUCUUCAUGCUGCACGGCAUCGGGUCGAACUCGAACGUGCUGGGCGCCGACUAUCGCAUGAUCAAGUACUCGCUGAGCAGCAUCAAGCGCCACUGGUUUUACCAUGACAAGCUGCGGACGCAUGUGCACCUGCUGGACUGGAAGAAGCACAUCAUCGACGCCCAGAGCAUGUUGUUCGACCACACGUACAUCACAACGGCGAAGGAAACGCGUAAAAUGAUCACGAGCCACAUCCUGGACAUCGGCUUCUACCUUAACCCUCGUUACUGCGACUUUCUGUUGGAGAACAUCGUGGCUGAGUUGGACGGCGAGAUUUCACGGUUACGCCACCACCCGUCCGGCAAGUUCCGCAACUCUAAGAUCGCCAUCGUGGGAUAUUCGCUGGGGUCGCUGAUUUUGCACGAGAUCCUAUGUGGCAACCCCGGCCGCGCGUCGAACCUCAGGCCCGAGGACCGGCCGAAGCUCCGGAGCAAGGUGGACUACAUGUUCUGCGUCGGGAGCCCGCUUUCGUGCUUCAUGAUCUUCCAGUCGCCGCAGUACAUGGCCACUGGGAUGUGCCUGCCCGAGGGCGUCGAGGCCUACAACAUCUUCCACCCCUACGACCCUGUGGCAUACCGGUGGGAGCGGCUGAUAUACCGCGACGUCAAGGAGCUUCCUGAGCCCGAGAUUCUGCCGUACUGGCAGAACAACGGCUUCAAGAACUGGUACGGCUGGGAGCGCAGCGUGCAGCAGGCCAAGACCAUGAUCGUGGACAACAUCAGCGACGUGGCCUCCACCAUCGGCCGCAGCAUUUUCGGCUGGUGGGGAAGCAGCAAGAGCAACAGCGUGCUGGCCAACAACGUGGCUAAUCCCGAUAAAAGGUCUGCGGCGCUGAGCAGCUUCAAACUAAAGCUGAAGGAGAGGACUACCCCGGAUAACACCGAUUUGACCACGGGGAUCAUAAAUCCAACGACUUCAGCCGUAGAUGCGGCUGCGGAGCCUCGUGCGGAAGAGCGCACUGAGCACCCCUCGGAGCAGGAUCAGUGGUCCGAUGACGCGGAGGGCGGCGACGCCGUCAACGGCCUGUUCGAUGAGGAGAGGCUAGCCGCGCAGUCAGCGAAAGCUCUGCACGACAUGAACAAGCAGGCCGGUGGGCACCUCCGCCGCCGCUACGAUUUCCAGCUGCAGGAGGACAUCACCGAGCACUUGCUGAGCCCGCUGGGCAUCAUCCAGUCGCACACGAACUACUGGUCGUCCAAGGAUCUGAUGUUCUUCAUCCUGAAGAAGCUGAAAAAAGGACAUGCUCGCGUAUCCAUAACCACUUAUUUCAAGUCGAUACGCUUGCGGGCCAAGUGGCUGGCGGACUGCGCUGCAAACGACGAGUUGAAGGCCAAAUUCCUGGCGCUGUCGGAGGAAGCAAGCGCCUGUGCAGAUCGCGUUGCUGCUGAGGACAACAAGGCCCGCCUCGAAGCCGCCGCCACGUUCAGCUCGACCUGGUCGAACUUCAUGAAGUGGUCCGAAGAGUACUGCGAAGACGCAGAGCACGUUUGUAGUGACCCCAUAGACUGA